AUGUCCAUCUCUCAGAUCCUUUACUGCUGUUGGGUUUCUUGGUCAUUUUUAACGCAUCGUUGUUUUUUUUCUUCAGAGCCGAACUUUGUUGCAUCGUUCAGUAUUGGCAAAUUUGUUUACUUCUUUUUCCGCGAAAUUGCCAUUGAGCAUGAAAGUUGUGGCCGAGUUGUUUAUUCCAGAGUUGCUCGAAUUUGUAAGAAAGAUAUUGGUGGAAAGAACGUACUGCGACAGGUGUGGACAAGUUUUGUGAAGGCCCGCUUGGAUUGUUCAACUUCGUCCAGCUCGCCUACUUUUUUCAACGAAAUUCAAUCAUUGCAACGUGUUGAUGGGCAAUCGGAUACAUUGUUCUACGCUACUCUAACAACACCAGAUAUCUCGUUUGGUGGCAGUGCCGUUUGCGCUUUUUCUUUGAACGCUAUCAAUCAGCUGUUCGAUCACGGAUCGUUCAUGGAACAGACAAGUCCUGAUGGUAGUUGGUUCGUCACUCCAUCCGAGAAUGUUCCGAAACAUCGUCCAGGCACAUGUUCGCCCAAUUCCGCAUCUCUACCAGAUAGCGAUUUGCAUUUCGCAAGAUCUCACCUUCUCAUGGCCGGUUCUGUACCAGGCGGUCGACCAUUGCUAGUACUGCACAAUGAACUUCUCACCUAUAUUGCGGUCGAUCCGUUAUCUGAUGUCAAUUGUUCACCCAAUUCCGCAUCUCUAGCAGAUAGCGAUUUGCAUUUCGCAAGAUCUCACCUUCUCAUGGCCGGUUCUGUACCAGGCGGUCGACCAUUGCUAGUACUGCACAAUGAACUUCUCACCUAUAUUGCGGUCGAUCCGUUAUCUGAUGUCAAUGUAAUCUUCGCAUAUUCGCAAAGUUCAGCAAGGCUAUAUAAAAUUGCGCAUUGGUUUGAAGGUGCUGACAAUAAGGCCAAAUUACUGGCCACUUACACGCUGAAACUUUCGGGGAAUGUUCAUGCAAUGACGUUAUUACCGGGUGAAUUUCUGUAUGUGGCAAGCACGGAUGCCGUAUCGCAAUAUCUCCUGACGCAUUGC